GAGGGCAUUGGAUAGAGGUCGUCUUCCCUACCCUUUUUUAUUCCCAUUUUUACAAACGCUUUCCUUAUCUCUGGCUUUCCGCCAUUGUUGCUGCCGGAGGAGGACCAGCCGCCUUCCCCAUUCUUCCUCAACCCUAAUUCAUCAUAAUCCAUCUCCUCAAAUACCUGUUAAGAUAAGAUUCCAUUUCUAUCCACAAUUUUUCUAGAAGUUUCUUUUCACAUACGCCAUUGUUGUGCUCACUUCGAAGCUUACUGUUGAGGAGGAGUUUGGUUUUGGAUAUCAUCUAAUCUCUUAUUUUCAUGGUGUUCAUCCAUGGCGGAUUGUUCUUUUCUUUUUUCUUUUUCACCAGGUAAUUGAUGGUUGGAAGAUUGAGGAUGAACCAUUGCGUUCCUGAUUUUGAAAUGGCCGACGAUUUCUCUCUUCCGACAUUCUCUAAUUUAACCAGGCCGAGAAAAUCGUCUCUGCCGGAUGAUGACGUGGUGGAGCUGCUAUGGCAGAACGGUCAAGUGGUGACACAUAGCCAGAACCAGAGGUCGGUCCGUAAAUCUCCGCCGUCCAAAUUCGAUGGUUCGAUUCCGCAAGAUCAGGCGGCGGUGAGAGAGAUCCGGCCGUCGGCUCAUUUGGAGGAACCUCAUGAACUCUUUAUGCAAGAAGAUGAAAUGGCCGCUUGGCUUAACUAUCCUCUCGUUGAGGAUCAUAAUUUCUGCUCCGACCUCCUCUUCCCUGCCAUCUCUGUUCCUCUUUGCGCCAAUCCUCAACCGGAGCUCCGACCGUCUACAACAGCGACGGUCACUCUCACACCGCGGCCACCGAUUCCUCCUAGCCGGAUUCCUGAAGCGCAGACUUCUAUGCAGUUCUCGAGGAACAAAGCAACGGGCGAAUCGGAGCCAUUGAAUUCGAAGGUCAUGGUGCGGGAAUCGACGAUGGUUGAUUCUUGUGACACGCCGUCUGUGGGGCCGGAGUCUAGGGCUUCGGAGAUGGUGAGGAGGAAGCUUGUGGAGGUGGUGAGUUGUGGUGAUGUGCGGUACGAGACCGCUCGCGGCAACGGUGGAAUCGGAGGUUCGUCGGUCGGUGGCGAUGGCAUUGGGGAGAAAGAGAUGACGACUUGUGAAAUAACUGUCACUUCGUCUCCCGGCGACUCUAGCGCCAGCGCCGAGCCCCCUUGUCCGAAACUUGCUGCCGAUGACCGGAAGCGAAAGGGAAGAGCUCUCGAUGACACGGAGUGCCAAAGCGAUGAUGUUGACUACGAAUCUGCUGAUCUGAAGAAGCAAAUGCAGGGGUCGACAUCGACCAAGCGAUCUCGUGCUGCCGAGGUUCACAACCUCUCGGAGAGGAGACGUCGGGAUCGGAUAAACGAGAAGAUGAAGGCGUUACAGGAACUCAUACCUCGAUGCAACAAGACUGAUAAGGCUUCGAUGUUGGAUGAAGCGAUUGAGUACUUGAAGACUCUUCAGUUGCAAGUGCAGAUGAUGUCGAUGGGAUGCGGAAUGAUGCCGAUGAUGUUCCCGGGCGUUCAGCAAUACUUGCCACAGCCAAUGGGGAUGGGAAUGGGGAUGGGGAUGGGGAUGGGAAUGGGAAUGGAAAUGGGCAUGAAUAGACCAAUGAUGCAAUUUCAUAAUCUCCUUGCUGGUUCAAACUUGCCAAUGCAAGCUGGAGCGGCCGCAGCAGCAGCAGCAGCUCAUAUGGGCCCGAGAUUCCCUCUCCCUCCCUUUGCAACGUCUCCUGUUCCCGACAGCGAUCCAUCUCGAGCUCAAGCGACGAAUAAUCAACUCAAUCCAAUGGCUAACUCAGUUGGAACACAAAAUGCAACCCCACCUUCAGUUUCGGGUUUUCCCGAUUCAUAUCAGCAGUUUCUUAGCUCGAACCAGAUGCCGUUCCAUAUGACACAGCCUCUGCAGAAUCAUCAGCCAGUUCAGCCGAAUACGAUCCGGCCAGGUACGAGUCAGGUUCCUGAAAACCACGAAAAUCAUCAAUCAGGUUAAUAUUUUGAAUGCAUGGACUCAAGAAACACACUUUCUGGGCAAGUUUUGGUGCAUGUUAGAGCGUCGAAAGCUUUGAACAUGCCCGUCCGCUGCUUGCUAAUACGAUAUAUAUUCGCAAAUAACAUGUAACAACCAACCACGUCCCUGUAAAUAAAAAUCUAUACCCCUUUUGCAUUUUGGAUCUUGUUUUGAUCAUUCAUGGCAUCCUAGUCCUUUUCCUGACUUUGUGAUUCUGUUAGAUUGUGAUAGAAAGAAAGUAGAGAAUUUCUUUUUACACGAAACUAUUGUGUUGCAUUUGGUCGGGGUCGGGUCCAGGAUGCUGAUGCUGAUGCUGAUAGAUCCAACUUGACAUGGUUGUUGUCGUCGUCGUCGUCGUCGUUGAAGUAUUCCAAACUCGAGAGGCAUUUCCAUGUUUCUUCCUGGACCAUGGUUCCCACUGCAUGAUAUUCAAGAUUCUUUUCCUCCAUCAUAAUAGAACUUGUUUCAUAGCCA